AUGGCAGGGCAAUCCAAGUUUGGCCUGCCCGGCGAUCGCACGGUCCGCAGCAUCGUGUCCGACCUCACCCGGCUAUAUCUCUCCAACCGCUCGCGCAUCUCCCGCGCCGUCUGGAUCACCCUCUUCGUCGCCCUCGUCAACCGCGUGCGCCAUGCCAUCUCGGAGCAAAAGGCAGCCUCCGCGCGCGAGGCCGCUCAGCGCGCCGCCCGCCGCGGCACCGUCUCCGCCACCGACGGAGGCGAGGCGCCCAAGAAGAAGGUUGCCCUGAACCGCGACUUCUUUCGCUCGCUCCUGCGCCUGCUGCGCAUCGUCAUACCUGGCUGGCGCAGUUCCGAAACGCGCAUGCUCAUCAGCCACAGCUUCUUCCUCGUCCUGCGGACCCUCAUCAGCCUGCGUGUUGCUGAGAUGGAUGGCGCCAUAGUCAAGGCCCUCGUCAAGGGAAAUGGCAAGGAGUUUCUCACUAGAAUCGUUUGGUGGAUGCUUAUCGCCGUGCCUGCAACCUUUACCAACUCUAUGCUGUCAUACCAUCAAGCGGAAUUGUCCCUCAAGUACCGCACGAGACUGACGCAGUUCAUCCACGACAAGUACUUGUCGCAACUGACCUUUUACGGCAUCUCAGCGCUGGACGACCGAAUAAAGAACCCCGACCAGCUGAUCGCGGUGGAUGUAUCCAAGUUCUCCAACAGUCUGGCCGAGUUAUACAGCAACCUGGCCAAGCCGCUGCUUGACAUGACCAUAUACACCUACUCCUUGUCCAAGAGUGUUGGUGGUGAGGGCGUCGUCUUCAUGUCACUGCUGGUCCAGCUCUCUGCCAACGUCAUGCGCGUCUUGACGCCGCCGUUCGGCAAAUAUGUCGCUGACGAAGCCCGCCUCGAGGGCGAGUUUCGAUUCCAGCACUCUCGCCUCAUCGAUUACAGCGAGGAGGUGGCGCUGUACGCCGGCCACAAGGCCGAGAAAGACACCCUCGACAAGGGCUAUUUCACUCUCAUCAAGCACGUCAAUUACAUCCUUCGACAGCGCUUCUACCACGGCUUCAUGGAGGACUUUGUCAUCAAGUAUUUCUGGGGCGCCCUGGGCCUUGUGCUCUGCAGCGUGCCCGUCUUCGUUAAGAUUCCUGGGCAGGCCGUGAUGAACAUGGGCGACAGGACCGAGUCGUUCGUCACCAACAGACGGAUGCUUCUCUCCGCGUCUGACGCCUUUGGAAGGAUCAUGUUUUCCUAUAGGGAAAUCAUGGAGCUGGCUGGCUACACCUCACGAGUCGCCUCGUUGCUGGACGUCAUGGACGACAUCCAGUCGGGCCACUUUGAGAAGAAGCUGGUGUCUUCUUCGGGGAUAGAGGGCAAUGAGGCCGUGCUGCAAGGCCGUGGCACAGUCCAUGAGAGCAAGGACAUUACGUUCAUUGACGUGCCCAUUGUCUCGCCUAACGGAGACGUUCUCGUCAAGGCCCUCUCCUUUUCUCUCAAGAAUGGCGACCACCUUCUCGUCGUCGGUCCCAACGGCUGCGGCAAAUCGUCAUUGUUCCGUAUCCUGGGUGGUCUGUGGCCCGUCUACGGCGGGACAGUCUACAAGCCACCCUUCAGCGCCAUCUUCUACAUUCCCCAGCGACCCUACCUUUCCCGCGGCUCUCUCCGCCAGCAAGUUAUAUACCCAGACUCCCUGCGUCAAAUGCGUGCCCGAGGUGUUACCGACGCAGACCUCUUCUCCAUCCUGAAGAUCCUUGGCCUUGAGCACCUGGUCGAGCUGUACGACGAAGGCUGGGAUGCCGAGGCUGAGUGGCGCGACGUUCUUUCUGGCGGCCUGCAACAGCGCGUCGCCAUGGCGCGCCUGUUCUACCACCGCCCGCAGUACGCCAUCCUCGACGAGUGCACCAGCAGCGUCACCCUCGAGACGGAAAAGGUCAUGUACGACAACGCCAAGGCGCUGGGCAUCACGCUCAUGACAGUCAGCCACCGCCGCAGCCUGUGGAAGUACCACACGCACAUUCUGCAGUUCGACGGGCAAGGCAACUACAUCUUCACCAAGCUCGACGCCGACAAGCGGUUGAAGCUCGAGGACGAGAAGGAGGAGCUCGAGGUGAAGCUGCGCCAGGUGCCAGAGCUAGAGCGGAGGAUGGAGGAGCUGAAGUCGCUAUCAUAA